AUAAUUUAUGUUUAUCGGAAGUAUAACUACAUCUAUUUUGUUGGAAGCUAAUAAGUUCGUCAUAUUUUUCGUGAAUGCAAACAUGGCUGCUGGUUUGGGGCCCUCACAAUCACUGAACAUGUAUACCAAAUACUAAAACGCAACAUUACCAGCUGGUAGGCUGACCGGUCUCUCGGUUGUAGGCUGUAAUCAAUCAGGUUAUCAUUAUGUACCACAACGGAAGACUAUUCUUGAUUUUCUAAUGGAUUCUAACGAAGAAGGAGAUCACCUAAUGUUGAUCAAGUUGACAGAUCAACACGGCAGUUUGAAGUACAUCUGUGCCAGAAGACAUCCAUAUUUGUGGAGCCUGUAAGAUUCAGUUCAAUGAUGUCGAGCUGUUCAUCUUGCACAAGCGUGAGGAAGACUGUAUUGCACAUGGGCUAUCAUCCACAGCUCACAUGUCUGAAGCACAGCAGGUUCAAGUGUAUCAAGGACAAAGCUCAUCCCUGCAGACAGAGUCGGUGGUUCAAAGCUUCACAGGUGAGCUGGAGGUGGAAAAUGUCACAGACCAGAUCAGCCAUGAUGACAAGUCGGUGCCCACGACUGCACCAAUUUCGUCCAUGUCAGACACUCUGGCUGAGCAACUGUACCUUUCGACCAUCGUGCAAGAUACUGUCAUGCAUUCAGAUAAGAAAUCAAAUGAAAUUGCAAAUGACAGUUAUGUCAUCAUCAGGACAAGUGAAGAUCCAGUCCAAGUGGACACUACCACUUCAGCAGUCCUGCAAGCACCUGAUUCUAAUGCAUUGUUAAAUGCUAUACACUUGGCUUCUGUAGAGUCACUUGAAAAUGAUCACCUAAAGAAUUCUGAUGAUGUGGAUCACACUCUAAAUGGUGUAACCUUACACUCUAUUCCAAAAAGUAAAGGUUACAUGCUUUCCCCAGAUUUCAAUCUCAUUGUCAGCCCAUGA